AUGGACUGCGCUAAUGGUCCGCUAUUUGCUGAUGACUAUAAAUAUGCUCUAUGUCGAUGUAAGAUAUUUUUGACUCCUUAUGCACCGGAUGAAGAAAGUUAUGGUGUUACAACUACAGGACAAACAUCAUUAUUACAAUCAACUGAUGACGAUGAUAAUUCAGUCAUAGAUUCCAUGAGAGAUCAUCAAAUAGGUACUAGAGUUUCUGAUUAUACUCACCCUAUUAGUGAACCAUCUGGCUCUACUGAUAGUGAAAAUGUAUCCAUAUUAUCAAGACGGUCAACAGUAAAUGGUAUAGCUACGACUGAUCUUGUAUUCGAUCAACCACAAACAAAUUCUCAACGUUAUCCUUAUCCACAAGUACCACAUAUUGUUUUACGUCAAUCAAGUUCUGAAGAAAAAGAUAAUAAUAUAACAACAAGUACAUCAUAUGGAAGUUUUCAUGAUUCUCCAUCAGGAUCAUUUACAACACCUCAUGCUGCUAAUUUUCUUGAUGGUUCACUCGAUGGUACAAGUGAUGAUACAAAUAUAGCAGCACGUUUUGUUAUAGAAGGUGUUAGCGACAUGAAAACAGAUGAUAAUGGUGAACCAAUAUAUUCAGCAUUGCCUGAUGGAAGCAAGCAAGCAAAUAUUCCUAAUGGGACAACAACAGAUUAA